GAUAAUAUUAAGCAUAGCUACUUUGUUAGAUUUAGUAAUUCUGAACUGGAUACAUAUUCAAGUUACUUUAUGUCUUAUUAAUUUUGAUUUAAAUACUAAUCCUAGUUGCUUUAGCCUUGUUAAGAAAUACUGGUUGAAUUAUUUUAUGAAAUACUGUGUUAAGCUGCCUUCUAAAACUCAUAAUCAUAUGUUGUUCUAAAACUAGUUUAAUGUUGGCACCAUUGACACUACAUACACCACCUCCAUUACUAAGCUGAAGCAUCGUUGCAGCUGCAGGAAUUUGAUCGUGAAAGUUGAUCCUCUGAUCUUCACCACGUUAUUAACAUCAUCACAAUCAGUAAAUUUAUAUUGGCCCAUUGGAAUGCUAUAUGACUACAUGGAUUUUUUUAUUUAUCCACACUAGGUUAUCAGUCUUAUGAAUAAACUUCUGUUAACUCAGGGUUAAUACCAGUUUCCUGUAAAUCCUGUAAAACACUGCAGUCAUACACUGUAAUCAUAACACUCUGCUUAAUCAAGAAAUACGUCUGUUUCUGAAUUUUAUUGCUGAGAGGACUGUUCCAACCCUAGCUAAUGAAUAGUUGAGUUAAUUGAUGUGCCAGUUACUACACUUAUAUUGAGGCCUUCCAAGGAUUCUUAGUUUGUAGGGUAGUCUGAGGCUGUCCAAGGAUUCUUAGUUUGUAGGGUAAGAAUAUUCUGAAGUUAUUAGAGGAAUCUUAGCCAUAGGCUAAAUGCUGGUUUUGAAUUAAAAUCGCCCAGAGAGUUGUAGCACCAAGAUAGCGUUGUUUAUGGAGCUGUAGAACAUAAGGAUUUGUAGUACCUAGGAUGAAGAUGUAUACGAAGUUCUAGAAGCAAGAAGUUGUAGUAUCUAGGAUAAAAAAUAUCUAUGGGGCUCUAGAAGCUAAAGAUCUUAGCUAUUUCUUGGUCACGUUUCAUUAGUGAGGUCCCGAAAGUUCUUAUAGCUGGGCCUCAUUUCUCGAGAAUUGAAGCAUCUUGAAGACUUAAGAUGAGCGCGGAGGCUGAGACAACAGCUCUCCUGGGAUAUGGAAGAGGAGGCCCUCACAGGGUGACGGACAUUCCUCGUACACCUCCCAGAAGUGUCUUCGAUGCCCCAGAAACAUCACUCAUCCUCGGCAAGAGUCAGGGAGUGGCCCCGGGAAUGAGCACGCUCACAGCUGUCUGUUAUAUUCUGGGUGUGUGUGGAGUCCUUCCCGUUGUCUCCUUGCCUGGUGCCAUCCUUUACUGUGGUUGGUUUGGGUUUAUUCUUUUUGGAGUGCUGGUAGUAGUACAAGUUUACACAGCUAUUUUGCUGGGACGAUCAUGGCUCAUUAUGGAGGUGUUUUGGCCUAGAGAGGCAAUCAUACAAUGCCGGUACCCAUAUCCUGCCUUGGCAGAGAAAGCUGGGGGCAUUAUUCUGAAGAGAGUCGUCACCGUCAUGCUAGAUGCAGCAAUUUUUGGAGCAGCAGUACCGUUCAUGCUCCUUGGUGCGGAAACUCUGCAAGGCUCAUGGGGUUGGCUGGCGGGGCAAACUUCUCUUUCUUUUACGGGUGCUAUCACCCCUGUUUUCCUGACACCCCUGCUCUGGGUGGGCACCCCAAAGGGCUUAGGGAUGGUGACAUGGCUAGGAGCAGGCUCCAUGGUGACAGUGAGUGUCUUGACUUUCACAGGCUUAAUUCUUGAUGCCCCUCAAACAUUUACUCCUCCUCCUUCGGUUCCAACUUUCACUGCUGCUGCAUAUUGCUUCGGAGCAGUGGCCUUCCAGUUUGACAUCCAUCCAAUGAUCUUGACAGUACAGAUGGACAUGCAGCAGAAGCAGCGGUUACCACUUGCUCUUAUAAUUGCCUUCAUUAUUGUCAUAACUCUCUUUGGUGGGAUUUCAUGUGUAGCCUUUUUUCUUUUUGGUUCCUCCAUCAAAACCAACAUCCUGAAUAAUCUUUCACAUGGUCCACUUCUCUACUUCAACAUGGUUGUAGUCUCCAUGCAGAUGCUUAUCUGCCUUGUACUUGGAAUUAAUACACUGUUUCAAGAUCUGGAGAAUUCUCUUCGGAUUCCUGAUGAGUUUGGUUGGAGGCGCAUCUGUCUUCGAACUACAGUCAUGCUUCUGGUUCUUUUCAUAUGUGAAUCUAUUCCACAUUUUGGAGUUGCCAUUGAAUUGGUGGGUGGCCUGCUAGUGACACCAUUUAUAUUUAUCUUUCCUCCAACUUUCCACAUCCUUAUUAAGGUGAGUCAUACUUUUAUCAAUAGCAGUGUAAGCUUUUGGAUAAUUUGGAUAAUCUUGUUGGAAUCAGAUUUUAUUUAUAUAGAUGGGGUUGUAAGAGAAGUGAAUGCUAGAGUCUUGGCAAGAGGUGUGGAGUUAAAUGACAUGGUGCUUUUGGAAGAUUCUGAAGAGAAGUCGCAGAGGUUGGUAGAUGAAUUUGGUAGGGCAUGUAAAAGAAGAAAAUUAAAAGUGAAUAUAGGAAAGAGUAAGGUUAUGAGGAUAAAAAGAUUAGGUGACGAAAGACUUGAUAUCAAAUUGGAGGGAGAGACUAUGGAGGACUAUGGAGACUAUUCAGAUAUUUAGGAGUGGACGUGUUAGCAGAUGGGUCUAUGAAGGAUGAGGUGAAUCACAGAAUUGAUGAGGGAAAAAGGGUGAGUGGUGCACUUAGGAGUCUGUGAGACGAAGAACUUUGUCCGUGGAAGCAGAGAGAGGAAUGAGAGUAUAGUUGUACCAACACUCUUGUAUGGGUGUGAAGCAUGGGUUGUGAAUGUUGCAACAAGAAGGCUGGAGGCAGUGGAGAUGUCAUGUCUGAGGGCAGUGUGUGGUGUGAAUAUAAUGCGGAGAAUUCAUAGUUUGGAAAUUAGGAGAAUGUGUGGGAUUACCAAAACUGUUAUCCAGAGGGCUGAGGAGGGGUUGUUGAGGUGGUUCGGACAUGUAGAGAGAAUAGAACAAAACAGAAUGACUUCGAGAAUGUAUAAAUCUGUAGUGGAGGGAAGGCAGGGUAGGGGUCGGCCUAGGAAGGGUUUUGUGUGCGAGGGGCUUGGACUUCCAACAAGCGUGCAUGAGCGUAUUUGAUAGGAGUGAAUAGAGACAAAUGGUUUUUAAUACUUAGCGUGCUGUUGGAGUGUGAGCAAAGUAACAUUUAUGAAGGGAUUCAUCCAAACCGGCAGGCCAGACUUGAGUCCUGGAGAUGGGAAGUACAGUGUCUACACUCUGGAGGAGGGGUGUUAAUGUUGCAGUUUUAUAACUGUAGUGUAAAGCACCCUUCUGGCAAGACAGUGAUGGAGUGAAUGAUGAAAGUUUUUCUUUUUCGGGUCACCCUGCCUUGUUGGGAAUUGGCCGACGUGUUAAUAAAAUGAAAUACUACAGUGGAACCUCAAAUUUCGAACGUAUCGCUUAUCGAACUCUUCAAAAAUCAACCGCUUUUUUCGAACCAACUUUGUCCCUAUUAUCGAACUUGCCCCUAUUUUUGAACCGCCGUGUACCGGACCUUUCCUCCAGCCUGCUCUGUCCACGUCCCUGCGCAGGCGCCGUGAGCCAGUCCGGCUUUGUUGAUGCUUGAGUGAACACUAACCUGCGGUCUCAUUCAAACAUUUUAUGAUUAAUUCACUGUGUUUAGUGCUUGUGGUACUGUGAAAUAAGCUACCAUAGGCCCAAAGAAACUUACUAGUGGUACCCCUGUGAUAAAAAAAAAAGUGAGAAACACCAUAGAUGCGAAGAAGGAAAUAGGAAAAUCUUAGAGGUGCCAGAAACAGAGGACUGUGGACAGUUAUUUUGUGAGAUGGGUCCAGUGACUCUCAGGCUGGUCCUAGUGGCAUUAACCCUUAAACGGUCCAAACGUAUAUAUACGUUCAUGUGCGUAGCACCCCAAACGUAUAUAUACGUUUUCUUUGUCAUUCAUUCAACAUUGCCACAAUAAGCCUGAGUCACCUAGACAUGAGAGAAUGGGUGUGCGCACUCACUAUGCGCCAUAUUAAAAUAAUUGGGCAUGCCUGGGUAACAUAUGCUCUUUUUUCCUUUUAAAAGAAAAGAUUUUUUUCUCCUCAAAAAAUUUGGGGCGCUACGCGAGUGAACAUAUAUACUGUAUACGUUUGGACCGUUUAAGGGUUAAAAGAUAGAGAAGGGAAGUAACCCCAGAGAGGGCUUUGAUACCUAAAGUCCUUAUGGAGGGGGAUUCCCCUUCCAAACACUAACCCCAACUCCCUCUCUCUUCCUCCCUAUCUUCCAGAUGCCAUC